AUGAAAUUAAGAAGCCAAAUCUAUUACAUCAGUCGCAAAGUCAAUGGUGCCGAGUCGCGAUAUACUCCAAUUGAGAGGCAUUGUUUAGCCUUAAUCUUCACAGCGCAGAAGUUGCCCUACUACUUUUUGGCACACCCAAUCCAGGUUGUGACCCGGAGUGAUCCAGUCCGCUACUUGCUAAGCAAGCUCGCUCUGACUGGGAGAAUGACAAGAUGGCUCUUAGCUCUAGCGGAAUAUGAUAUCGCUUGUGUCACUUCUAAGGUUAUUAAGAGCAAAGCACUUGCAGACCUACUAGCCCAGUUCCCAUCUGGUGAACAUGAACCUGCAAAGGUACCUCUACCGGGUGAGUUCCAUGUGUCAACAGCUGCAAUUGAGACUUAUUGGGACUUAAAAUUUGAUGGAGCUUCCGGAGCUAGGAAAGGUGGAACUGGUGUCACACUAACCAGUCAAGAAGGAGAGAAGUUCCAUCUAUCAUAUAAGCUUGACUUUGAGUGUUUAAACAACGAGGCUGAAUAUGAAACGUUGAUAUUAGGCCUGAUAGCUGCCCAAAAAAAGGGCCUUUGCAAGUUGAGAAUCUGGGGCGACUCCAAGUUAGUUGUCAAGCAAACAAUGGGUGAUUUCGCCUUGAAGGAGCCUCUGUUAACCCCAUAUCGCACUGUAGUCCAAAGGUUGCUUGCUCAGUUUGAUGAUGUCCAAAUUCAGCAUACCCCUCGAGCACAUAAUCGUUUCCCCGAUGCCUUGGCUACACUGAGGGCAAAGGUGAAGAUACCAGAUGAUAAUAUAGCCAUCGUCAUCGAGAAAAGAACAACACCCGCAGUGCUAACUGAAGAACAUGAAGAGCAAGAUGCUGAGGGGUGGAAAGCAGAUAUAAUCCAGCAGCUGAAAACAGGCCAGGGAAUAAUUAGACCAGCAGAACUUGCAUCAUUUCUCCUCCUCAGAGGAGAGUUGUAUUUUCGCGGUCCCAACAACUUACUAGCAAGAUGCGUUAGUAGAUAA